GAUAGCAUGAUAUUUGAUAAUCCUGCCAAGAAACCGAACAUCCAAUCCGAAACACUCAAGAGAAAAGCCGGAGAUAUAUAAACAAUCAACAUGACAACUGCCGUGCUGGGCGGCGGCCUGAGUGGCCUCUCUGCCGGCUAUUACCUGUUACGCCGGUUCGGCAAUCCUCUGACCAUCUACGAGGCCUCCCCGCGGGUCGGUGGCUGGAUACGGACGGAGGCUCGCAAGGAUCGCGACUUUAUAUUUGAGACAGGGCCACGCACUAUACGUCCCGUGGGCGUGCCUGGAGCCAAUACGCUGGAGCUGAUGGAGGAGCUGCAGUUGCCACUGAAACCAAUCCCCAAAAGUCAUGUGGCGGCACGGAACCGCAUGCUGUAUGCCAAGGGCCAGCUGUGUAUGCUGCCAAAUAGUCCCAGAGGACUGUUUGGUGUCAAACCACCGUUCACGCAGCCCCUGUACAAGGCGCUGCUUCACGAUCUGGCAACGGGGAGUACUCUGGCCAAGAACGAGGAUGAGUCGAUAUACAGCUUUGCGGAGCGUCGCUUUGGCAAGGAGAUAGCAGACUACGCCAUCAGUCCCAUGAUCUGUGGCAUUUGUGCAGGAGAUGCCAAGCAGAUCAGUGUUCGAUUCCUAAUGGACGGUCUCUUCGAGAAGGAACAGAAGUACGGCGGCGUUCUGAAGGGCACGUUGUAUUCCCGCUUCAAGGAAAAUGUAGACGAGAAGAAGGAGGCUCUGUUUGCCCAAGAUCAGCCGAAACUCUAUGCCCAGGCCCUGCAGGAGAAGUGGGCGAUGUACAGCAUUGAGGGUGGGCUGGAGGCACUGCCUUGUGCCAUGCGCAAGUAUCUCGGCCAGCGCGAUGUCAACGUGCAGCUAAGUAAUCAGUGCAAGAAUUUAACAUUCACAAAGAGCGGCGUACGCAUGUCCCUACGCAAUGCUGACGUCCCUGUGGAUCAUGUCGUGAGCUCCGUGCCAGCCCACAAACUGGCUCCACUCGUGAAGCAGCAGCACCCCUCGCUGUGCGAGCAACUGCUGGAGAUUCCCUAUGUGGAUGUAGUGGUCGUCAACAUUCAGUAUGAUGGGAACUUGCUCAAGCAGGAUGGCUUCGGUCUGCUGGUGCCUCCCAUCGAAAAGCUGCCCAUAUUGGGUGUUAUCUUUGACAGCUGCUGCUUCGACAUGAAUGGCAACACGGUGCUAACCGUAAUGAUGGGAGGUCAUUGGUUCGACCAAUGGUUUGGCCAUCAGCCCAGCCAGAAGGAGAUUCUCGAUACUGCCACCAAGUACGUUGGCCAGAUACUCGACAUUCAGGAGGAGCCCAAGUUCAGUCGCGUGCAUAUGCUGAACAAGUGCAUUCCACAAUACACUGUGGGCCACAAGCGACGCGUGGAGAGUAUCCGGAAAUAUCUAAGGGACUACAAGCUGCCCUUGUCUCUAUGCGGUGCUGCCUACGAUGGUGUUGGCAUCAACGAUGUCAUCUUGUCGGCUCGUCGUCAGGUGGAUGCCAUACCACGGUUCUAACUGCAUUUCCGUUUAGACGCGCCCACGCUCCCAGC